UCAGACUGACAGCGAGCACAAGAGGAGACCGACGCAUCGCUCGCGCUUUAUCUGUACAGAGAGACGCGUUGCGAUCCACACGCUCGCUUUUACAGGAAAGAGAGUGACGCGCGGAUAAUCGAUACGUUUUGUGGCGUUUGUACUGCGUGACUGGAUUCAUGUUUGUGAUGUGAGGCGCGCGCGCGCGCAUUCCUCGCGCUCGAUCUUUCUGUAAGUCUCUGAACUCAUUUCUACUAAUCAAUCAAAUAACGUUAAAUAUUAGAUUUGUGAUUUUAACGUUUAUGUGAUGAAAUGACUGAAGGGGAGCCGAGCUCACGUGGAGAGGAAGAGUGUACUGAUGGUUUGACUUCGAGAGCUGUGAAUCUAAAGCACUCCUUGGAUCCGAGACCGAGUACAUGGGUGAACAUCGAAAGCUCAGGUGGUUUCUCAACAGAUUAUGAGGAAAUCGUCCCGCUGUGUCAAUGACGGGUAGGAUGGAAACGCCCUUUUAUCACGACGAUAGCGCUCCACACUUUGGACAGAUUCCAGAUUACGAUCGAUAUCAAGGCCACAAGAUGAUUAGCAAAAAGAGCAUGGCACACAGUUUCUCUGGCAGCGUUGCAAACACCUCCAACCUAAAACUGUUGCAGGGACCAGUCAACCCAAACGGCCUCGGCAUGAGCGCCAAUUCCAACAGCUCGCUGAUGUCCUCGUCAGACAUGAACCUCCUGAAGCUCUCGUCUCCGGAUCUGGAGCACCUGAUAAUCCAGUCCAACCAGGGAUUGGUGACCACCAGCCCGGCUCCAAACCCCUCCGCCAAUCCUUUCAUGUACCGAAACCACGCCACCAACGAACAGGAAGGAUUUGCCGACGGCUUCGUCAAAGCUCUGGCCGAUCUGCACAAACAGAACCAGCUGGUUGGAGCGCCGAUGUCUCCUACGUCCUCCAUCCAGGGACCCUAUCAGAGGAACCUCAUGUCUGGUGGCGAAAUGCCAAUUUACACCAAUUUGAGCAGCUACAACCCCAAUCAGAUUUCGUCCUCGUACCCCGGCGGGCAGAUCGCCUAUGCCUCAGCUCAUGGCCAUCAUCCUCAUGGAAGGGGCCUGGACGCUCCUCAAACCGUACCCGAGGUGCCUCACCCUCCAGGGGCCGAUCCCGCCGCUUCACCCCCUUCGCUGUCGCCCAUCGACCUGGAGACCCAGGAGAGGAUCAAGGCGGAGCGCAAGAAGCUGCGGAACCGCAUCGCAGCCUCCAAGUGCCGCAAGAGGAAGCUGGAGAGGAUCUCACGUCUGGAGGAGAAGGUGAAGGUGCUGAAGACGCAGAACUCUGACCUGGCGUCCACCGCCAGCAUCCUCCGAGAGCAAGUGGCUCAGCUGAAACAGAAGGUCAUGAAUCACGUCACCAACGGCUGUCAGAUAGCCGUCGGCGCGGCCGGCAUGGCCAAAAGCGGGGAGAGCAGCAGCAGCUGCUGAACCAACCAUGAGAUGCGCGAUGGUUUGAACUUUCUCUCCGUCUCCAGUGUCCGGCCCGUCUCUCUUUUGCCAGAUGAAUGAUGUGGAGAAGAGGGCAAGAGGCCGCUAACACGUGUGAGAUGGACACAAGGACGUGUUAAUGAUGAACGUCUGAAGGAGCGUCAGGGAUGUGAUUUAUGCACUGCGGCAGCUGGGAGUUUAGUGGUGGACUCAUGCAUUCCGCUCUUCAAAAAAGAUGAUGCACUUUCUGCUUCACAGCUACACUAUUAGUCAAACAUUUCGAAGGGAAGAUCAACACAUGCGUCACGUGGAAGUGAUGUUUCUGCGUUUGAUGUUUGGAAAAGAAUGAAUCCCUUUAUACUGGUGUAACGUGUCACGUGUGUUCCGGUGAGUUUGGCGUGGAAUCUCUCGUCUCAAUAAGAUCAUUACGCCAUAAUGUUUGUUUGUUUUCUAAUUGUGCAAUUUCCAAGAAAAAAAUAUUUUUGAAAUACUGUAACCUUGAAUAUCUAGACAUUCAUGAGCACUGAUGUGUGGUGUGUGUAAGUGUGCGCUUCGGCUUCUAUUCACACAACAAGAUUCAACGGUGAAAUUAGGAAAAGGGCUUUCAGACGCAAAGAGUUUUCAAUGGAAAUCAGUAGUAUUUUAUCAACGUGUUUUUGUAUGAAUUAUGAAGCUCUUUUAUUUAUAUGUCAUCUCUAUUUAUGUUUUGCGUGGAGAGGCGGUAGGAUGGAAUACUAGUGUCUUAUUGACACACUUUUAUUGGGAACUACACGACUGCACGUCAAUCUGAGACAUUAUAUAUCACGUCAUAUUAUUUAUCCUCUGUACGGUAUGACAGUUUCUUCAGAAAUUUGUCCAUAAAUGUUCCUGUCUAAUGGCACCUAAACUUCUUCAAGACACUCAUGGAAUAUACGUCCCUUCGUGUUUUCGGGAUCUACAGAAGAUCUGCUCUUGUAAUUGUUUUAAAGUCAGUGUCGCAAUGCCUUUCUUAUAAUUCAUGAAUUAUUCACAGUAUAUAUAAGUAUCUCUAUUGAUAUAGAUGAUUCAUAGGGCCCGAGGCAGGUAUUAGACUUGUGCAACAAGGCAAUAUUUAUUUUUGAAACUUGAAUACGGUUUUUGAUGUCAUGGGCGUAUUGUAUUUUUGUACCAAACGCUUUUGAAAGUUUUUGUUUGAAAAGAAGUGUGUUUACAGUUUCUACUGUAUUGACUUGUAUCAUUCCGAAAUACUUUAUUUAUUGAAGUGGUAUCAGUAAGCCGUGUCUCAUCAUUUCUCUUCAGACCAGCGGUGAGAUUCACACACAAACUUACUGUACGGUACAUUUGUUUCUAAGGUGGGAAAUGAGCAGUCUUUGACUGUUGAAUAAUGUUUGUUUCUCUGUCCUGCAGUGGCUGAUGGGAUGCGUGUCGCAGCCGCACGCUGUCGUGUUGUUUAUUGGGAUGUUAUGGGUGUCGAUUUAACGCUAAAGAUUGACCGUCUGCUUUUGAAGUGAAAAGAGUCAGACCAUUUAAAAUGAAGAAAACAAGUGUUUUUUAUCUUCGACAUGUGUCAUAUGAACUGGAGCUUUGAACAAUGAACUUAUUUUGAUAAUGGGUUAUGAACGUGGUUUGUCUGAUGAAGCCAACUGGAGAUCCCGUAAGACCCUCAACGGAACUGAAGCGUUUGAAGGUUUAUUGGCCGUGUUUGGAGGGUUUUGAGCGUGGGUUCUGACGUGUUCCACAGAUUUGAGUGACUGAUCACAAUACUUGACUAAGAGGCGACUUGCCUCGCUGUGUUAUUAGUUUAUCUACUAUCUUACUUCAUAUGCGGUCUCAGAUGUUGUUUAUUGUUCUCUUGUUUCUGUUUGUUUUGUUUUUUUAAUCGACAAUAAAAAGCUGUAGCUUUCUGAA